GAAAAAAGAGAGAGAGAGAGCUUACAGCAGGAAAGUCUCAGAGAAGUGAGAGUCGAGGUAGAGGAAGAGGGUCGUAAAAAAAAAGGAACAAAAUAAGAAACUAAAAGCAGCCUUGUGGAUGAUCAACCGCUAUUUUUAAAAGCUUAUUUUUCGAGUCAUAGAGAGAGAGAGAGAGAGGUUAAAAGCAAACCCGCCAUCAUGCUAAGGCGUUGGAGUCAUCUCUGCUUCCUCGUUCUAGCAGUUUCUACUCUUUCCAGAGGAAAAGAUGUCCCUACUGAACCUCCAGAUAACGGAAAACAAGAGACCUUCACCUCGAUGACACCUGAUUCUGAUGCUGCAGAUGAAGCUAAGCAAACCGUGUCACCCUCGCCUUUUCUCCAUAGUAACUCAUCAGGAAAUGGGACAGAUACAACACAGGUAGAUGAAUACACAGGGAGUGUAUUUAACAAUGAUGACUUCCAAAAAAAUCAGACUACACCAAAAGCAGCGAAUGACAGCAUCCCAGCUCAGACCACAGACCCGGUCAUUCUACCAGAGGAUGGAGGAUCCUCUGGUAGGACAGAGGAUGCAAACUUAAUGACCACUGUUUCAAAGGCAGCAUCCACGACCCAAUCACUGCCAGUUACAGAUAAAGAAGAGCCAAAUACAUCCUGGGCUUACGUGGUCCUGGUCUUGAUCAUCCUGGUGAUAAUUGCUCUGUGUUUCAUCCUCUACUAUCUACGGAGAGCCACCAGAAGUUAUUCGUUCGACCUCCAGCGUCCUGUUCAACCCAACCGUCUUGAUGAACCAAUGGGCACCUUUGAACCAGUCUACCUGGAUGACCUGGAGCGACCAGAACCUAAAGAAGUAAUCACCGAUGACCUUUCAGCUACGCCAGUCGCCAACGGCACAAACCUCCAGUCAGAGGAAAAGAUGUCCAAUGGAGAGAACGCAUCCCUUUCACCAGCCCCAGAGGAAAAACCAGAUGAAAAUGGAGCUGAGACUUCACCAAUCACUGACACCAGUCCUUCACCAGGCGAUGAACAAGCCGACAACCAGUCUACCAACAGCAUCAAUCUGUUCUUUGAUGCUGUUGGAGAGGAGCAGCAGAACGAGAACAACAACAAUAAUCCAUCUGUUUGCUCCAGCGACCCGUUUGUUGAAAUAAACCUCGAUGAUCCGGCGUUGAGCGAUCAGCUCCUCUCCUCUCCGGCAGCGUCGUCUUCUGUCCUUCCCUUUUCUCCUUUCUCCUUCUCUUCCUCUUCGUCCUAGCACCUCCACUGAUGAACCCAACACCUCUACGAGGAAGCACAACUGUCUGGAUGAAAGUUGACUAUACUGUUUUAAAUAACUGCUGACCACAAACUUCAAGAGCUAGCUUUAGCUUUGUGUUAUGUGACCGUAACCUGAGCUACCCACAGAUCUAAUAAGGUAUUUUUCUCCAAAUGGAGGUUAUUUGGAUAAUAACAUCUUGUCCACAGGUUCACCACACUCAUCAGUCAAACAGAGCUCUUUUAGCCUGAAACAAACUAGCUACCAGCUAACAGCUAAUGGUGGAUAAUGCAAAAUGUUUUCUUCAGCUAGCUUAGCUUAGUUUGUGCUGCAUUUGUAAUUUUCAACAUAAAUAGGUCUGAAACAUAUCAAGCAAGCUUAUUAAAAAUGUAGCUAAGCCUGCUUCUGUGAGACAAUACAACUAGAGAGUCAAGGCUACUGUAAAUAUGUUAGCUGAAAAAUUAGCAGGACAGACAAAAUAGCCUGAAUCAGCUGAAGCCAUUUUUAAAGCAAGCUAGGCAACAAAAAUGUUUGAUUUUUAAGCUGUAUCUGCAAGCUAAAAAUGCUAUUUUGUUUUCCGAACAACUAAAAUAGGUUUCACAUCUUAAAAAGAAAUGAACAAGCAAAUAACAUCAACAGUAAGUGUAAUUUUGACAAUAUGAUGCUCUUGUUAAAAUGCUUAUGCACACUGUCUGUAUGUUUAUUGUACCAUAUGUUAUAUAGACAUUAAUAAGCAGAUCUUUUAGGGAAUUUCUCCAUGUUAGAUUUUAUUCAUUUGAAUUGAUUUUCAUGUAUUUUCAAUUGCACUGUUUUAAAAAGCUAUUUUUUUCUGUAUUGAACCUGGCCUUAUUUUUGUAGACUUACAUGAAAUAAACAAAUAUUCUAACACAAA